CGCCCCCUGAGCGCAGCAGCUGUCAGUCAUAGGGCAUUUAAAUGGCUUCACUGUACAGCUCGAACAGUACUGUACAAACAACAGAAGCGCCCUGUUUUCUAACUCGAUUCUUGUAUCUAAAGACUACGUUGUUUGUACCGUCUGCCGUAAAAGACCGCGACAGCUUUGAUAAGCGCCAAGUAGCGCUGAACACCCUCCUUAAUUAGCGUCUUGUCUGCUUCUGAUAACCGUAAAAAAUGAACGAAGACGCAGAAGAGCUCCAAGCGACGAGAAGCCACUUCGAUGAGCUGUGCAGGAAGCUGAACAUGGACGAGGCGGCCGGCAAUGAGGCGUGGAACAGCUACGAGAGAAUCAGUAAGAACUACACAUUGGAGGGAAAUGCGCUGCACUGGCUUGCCUGUGCCCUGUAUGUGUCAUGUAGGCAGAUGGUGCCAACUGUGAGCAACCGAACAGUGGAAGGAAACUACGUGUCACUUGCCAAGAUCCUCCAUGGCUCAGAGUUAAGCUUGAUAGAGUUUUUCAAUAAAAUGAAGAAAUGGGAGGACAUGGCCAACCUUUCCCAGGAAUUUCGGGAACGUACCAAAAAACUGGAGCGUAAUUUUACUGUAUCUGCUGUCAUUUUCAAGAAAUACAUUCCCAUAUUUAAGAGCAUCUUUCGAGAGCCUCAUGAAGAGCCCCAGAGGCAACAAAGGAGCAGAAAACAAAGGAGGCAGCCAUGCACUGUGUCAGAGGUCUUCAAUUUUUGCUGGCUCCUAUUUAUACAUGCCAAAGGAAAUUUUCCCAGGAUUAGUGAUGACCUAGUGAAUUCCUACCACCUGUUGCUUUGUGCACUUGACCUUGUCUACGGGAAUGCUCUCCUAUGUCCCGGCCGCAAGGAGCUUCUAAACCCCAGCUUCACAGGUCUCCCUGAUGACUUCAGCAGCAAAGAUUAUAGAGCUCCUCCAGAGUCGCCCUGCAUCAUUAGCCAGCUGUGCAUGCUUCAUGAUGGCCUUGUCUUGGAUGCAAAGGGCAUCAAAGAGCAUUUCUGGAAGCCCUUCAUAAGAAAGCUGUUUGAGAAGAAGAUAUUAAAGGGCAAAGAAGAAACUUUGACAGGAUUUUUGGAUCCUGGGAAUUUUGGUGACAGUUUGAAAGCUAUUACCAGAGCGUAUGAGGAGUAUGUACUGUCAAUGGGGAGCCUGGAUGAGAGAAUAUUCCUGGGUGAAGAUGCUAGUGAUGGAAUAGGAACACCUAGUCGCUGUGUGCACCCUGCAGCUAGUGUGGAUCAUCGAGCACACACCCAGCAACAGUCUGAUAAGGCCUUUCCGAUUUCUGCACCUCUUACUAGUCACAGAUACUCAAAAGAAAGCAGCAUCUUCAUAAUUCCUGGCAGCAUGGCAACCCAGAGCAUAAGCCGCCUUCACAGUAUGUUGAUUGGCCUAAAAUCAUCUCCCAGUGAAAAACUGGACAAGAUGCUCAAGUCCUGCUCCAGAGACCCGAGCCAGGUUAUCUGCAAUCGAUUGAAAGAGAUGUGUGACAUAUUUUGCCAGAGUUACACAGUGACAGCUGAAGAGAGCCCAGACAUUGCCAUUAAGUUUUUUUGCCUUGCUGAAAUUCUCUACUAUAAAAUUCUGGAGGGUGUCCUCGUCCAGGAGAAGAGAAGACUGGGUGACAUUGAUUUAUCUGGUAUUCUGGAGCAGGAUGUUUUCCACAGAUCACUCAUGGCAUGCUGUCUCGAGAUCAUUUUAUUCUCAUAUAAGCCUCCAGGUGACUUCCCAUGGAUUAUUGAAAUCUUUGAUCUGCCAGCAUAUCACUUCUAUAAGGUGAUUGAGGUGCUGAUCCGAACAGAAGAUGGCCUCUUCAGAGAAGUGGUCAAACAUCUUGACCGAUUAGAAGAGCAGGUCUUAGAGAGUAUGGCAUGGAAGCAGGAGUCUCCAUUGUGGGAAUACAUCCGUGGAGCUAAGAACAAAGUGCCAACCUGUGAAGAGGUGAUGACGCCAGAUCAGUUUGAAUACCCAGAGGGACGAGGUUUCCAAAACUCUCCUCUGACUUCCAACAGAGUCAAUGAAAUUCGUACAGAAGCUGGAAGAUUGGUCUCUUCAUCUCCGGCUACUCUUCAUGACCGCUAUAGCUCUCCAGCAGCAGGAAGUGCCAGGCGAAGACUUUUUGUUGAUGGUGACAGCAACACAGAAUCAAGCAGCACAAUCAGAGUCUCUCAGUCUCCAAUCGUGAACACCGUUCCUAUGCAAAAUGUGACUGCAGAUGCCAUGGCGAUUACCCCAGUGCCUGGCCAGACAGUGGUCACCAUGGCCACCGCAACGGUCACAGCCAACAAUGGACAGACGGUCACCAUCCCUGUGCAAGGCAUUGCCAACGAGAAUGGAGGGAUCACCUUUAUACCCGUCCAAGUCAGUGUGACUGGCACACCGCAGAGUGUUACGAGCCCCAUGCAGCCUCUGAGUGCCCAGAGCUUAGCCGGCCCUGGCCUGCAGGUAGGAGGAGGCAUCGCUCUGCAGUCUCCUGGUCAAACACAGAAGAAACAUUUGCAUCACAGCCCAGCAGGUACCCGGCCCCGGAAGACUGGUUCCAUGUCUCUGUUCUUUAGAAAGGUGUACCGCUUGGUCAGCAUGCGAUUAAGAGACCUCUGUUCCAAGCUGGACAUCCCAGAUGAACUUCGCAGAAAAGUCUGGACAUGCUUUGAGCAUUCGUUAGUACAACACCCAGAGCUGAUGGUGGACCGGCAUUUAGACCAGCUUCUGAUGUGCGCCAUCUACGUCAUGUCCAAGGUGACAAAAGAGGACAAAUCGUUUCAAAACAUCAUGAAAUGCUACCGAAUGCAGCCACAAGCCUGCAGCAGUGUCUACAGAAGUGUGUUGCUGAGAGGAAGGAGGAGGAGGAAUUCGGGCAGCAGUGACUGUAGCCUCCAUCAGAACUCUCCAGGUGACACCAGCCGGGACAGAACCAGCAGAGAUUCCAGUCCAGUGGUAAUGCGUUCCAGCAGCACCCUGCCCAUCCCACAGCCCAACAGUGCGCCACCCACCCCAACACGUCUUACUGGAGCCAACAGCGACAUGGAAGAAGAGGAGAGAGGAGACCUCAUUCAGUUUUACAACAGUGUCUAUGUUAAGCAGAUUCGGGACUUUGCCCUCCGAUACGUGCCAGGGGUCCCGGGCACAGCCGGGGUGGACCCACCAUCACUGUCACCAUACCCCUUGGUGAAGACGGGCUCCCCCCGGAGGGUCCUGUUAUCGCAGCAGCACUCCAUCUACAUUUCUCCUCAUAAGAAUGGAGGGUCGUUUUCCCCAAGGGAGAAGAUAUUCUACUAUUUCAGCAACAGCCCAUCAAAGCGAUUACGAGAAAUCAACAACAUGAUUAAAACUGGAGAAACGCCUACGAAGAAGAGGAGCAUCUCAUUAGAAGAUGGCAGCGAGUCUCCAGCCAAGAGGAUAUGCCAAGAGAACCAGAAUGCUUUGUUCCGCAGGCUGCAGGACGUGGCCAACGACCGGAGUCUGCACUGAGGCGUCGAGUGUGCCGUGCUGGAGCUUCAACUCGUCUCUCGCUUCAUGGAGGAGCAGCUCGCAGAGCGCGUGGGUUUCAAAGCCCCCUGUUAAUUCAUGCAGCACGUGUCACCCCCCCUCCCACCACCCCCAAACGCCGUGAUUACAGCGGCGCCACGUCAGACUGGCACAGCGCUGGCUGCAGCAGCCAGAAGUCUAUUCCACUUGGGUGUAGACGCGUUUUAGCUAAGCUACAGGAAUAUUUGUACUUAUUUUUUUAGCAAGAUUAAGACAAUCUAGAGAUGCAUGAGCAGCUUUUUCUAAAGCAAGUUAAAGAAAACAACAAGUUUGUGUUGUGCUAGUUAGAAUUGUUUUAUUUUAUUUUAUUUAACACUAGGCCCAGGGAGCAGUCAGUCUAGAUCUGCUGAUGUGAAUUGACAUCAUACAAUGAGGGGCUCUCCAAAAUAAUUGCACUUUAAAAAUGUUCUCCCAGACUGUAUUUUUCCAAAUAUAUUUUUAAAUGGCUUGUCAAGCUGUGCUUUAACCCCACCUGAAGUAUGGAGCCCACUUUCAAUGUGUGGCGCCGUUUGAAUUGUGCCACGGCGAUUUCAGCCCAGCGUGUUCUUCUACUGUGGGCACAGCAGCAGUAGGCAGCCUUGGAUCUGAGGGAUCAUUUCAUGCAUCUGCGCCCCUGGUGGGCCGGGUGUAGUAGCGCCUGCCGUUGUGGAGUGGCAGUCCUUGCCGCACCGCGUAUAGCAGAACGCUGAUGGAGCUCAGGAUCUCCGCCAUGGGCCUCCCAGCAGCAGCUUUCUGCACCACUUCAGUCUCGCACCUUGAGAGACCCUUCAUCACCUUCUGCUUCCAGGCAAGAGCUGCUGUUGACACCAGGAGCCUCGAGUUUUUAUCUGCAGACAUCCUUGUAGCACAUCUAGGGUCUUCCCGUUGGUCUCUUGCCAGGCGCCAGCUCUUCAGAGAGAAGGUCCCAGGGUCAUUGGUCCUGGAUGAAACGUGACCCAGCCAGCAGAGAAGGUGGAGACGGAGGUGGUGGCUGCCCUCUUGAGCACUGCUUUGUUGGUGACCUUGUCGCUCCGAGUGACGCUGAACAUGCGUCUGAUCCAGCACACGUGGAAGGAGGUGGGCUGCCACCCUCGUUUUGUGCCCACUCUCAGUCUUGACAAUGGUGUAUCAUUCUGUCCGAUGUGCUUGUUGAUCUUGUUCUCGAGUGGUGGGCUGGCCGAGAACGUUGAACACAAGUAUGGAACUCACAGAUGACUUGCAGCUUGUAGUCGCUUACAAACGGCUUCCAACAAAACGGCUAACGCACAUGUCAGUAGGUCCAAAGAGGUGACUAAACCUUUAAUAAAUUACUUGUCAAAAUCCAA